AUGGGCUUGCUUCAGGAUAGCAAGAGUCGCAAGAAAAUCUCCAACGACCCGAACAAUACGAAAUGGACCCGCGACACCACCACAUUCGGCCAGAAGAUCCUGCGCGCACAGGGCUGGCAGCCGGGCCAGUUCCUCGGCGCGCAGGACGCGCCGCACGCGGAGCUGCACUCGGCGGCGAGCGCCUCGUACAUUCGCGUGGUGCUCAAGGACGACAUGAAGGGCCUAGGCUUCAACAAGGCCAAGGAGGACGAGGUGACGGGCCUGGACGUCUUCUCGGACCUGCUGAGCCGGCUGAACGGCAAGUCGGAGGCCGCGGUGCAGGAGGACGUGAACGCGCGCCUGGCCGUCAAGACGAACCGCUACGUCGAGAUGCGCUGGGGCCCGAUGCGGUUCGUGCGCGGCGGCCUGCUGGUGGGCGACAAGCUGAAGGAGGACGGGGGGAAGGAGACGAGCACCGAGAGCGAGGAGGAGGAGGAGGAGGAUGAGGCAAAGGCGGAUGAGGUGGCAAAGUCGAAAAAGGACAAGAAGAGCAAGAAGCGCAAGGCUGGUGAUGAAGUGGAGGAAGCGGAAGGGAGCGAGGUGACGGAGACAAAGGACAAGAAGCGACGUCGCAAGGACGAGGAUGAAGACGCCAGGGCUGAAAGGAAGAAGCGAAGAAAGGAAGAGAAGAAGGAGAAGAAGAAGUCGAAAAAGUCGUCCAAAUCCACCAAGGAGGAAUCCGAUGAAGACGACUCCGACGGAAAAGCGGCCAAGAAAAGGGCGAAAAGGGACAAGAAGGACAAGAAGCGGGAGAGGCGCGAGAAGAAGGAGGAAAAGAAGCGCCGCAAGGCCGCCAAGGUCGCCGACAACAGCUCCGACAACAGCAGCAGCAGCGACAGCGAUUCCGACAACGACAACGGCGAUAGCACCACCGCUGCCUCUACGCCGGCGGCCGGCUCGGGGACGUCGACGCCCCUGGGCAACCGCAACUUUUCGCGGUCGCGGUACAUUGCGCAGAAGAGGCGGGCGGUCAUGGACGCCAAGGCGCUGGCGCAGAUCUUCAUGGUCAAGGCGUGA